AAACUAGUGUAAACAUGCUCAGCUCGCACUCGUUGACCAGAUGUUUGCUUUUCUCACCAUCCUCGCCACAUCGCUGCCUAUACCUUCUUCCAUCUUGCUUGGCGUUGCAGCAGGGUGGGGCAAACAUGCCUGAUUGUUUAUCACCCUCGCUUUCCUUCAUUUCCAUCUUCCUCCGUUCCCUGCGCUCCUUUACCUGCACUCCACUCCCCCAUGAGCUCACGUACGGGCAAGCGGCCACUCGAGCCCCGGUCCCGCGGGGAUAGCCCUCCCAGUAAACGGAACCGCGCACAUGAACCACAGUCAGCGCUGCCAGACAAAGCCCGUUCACUCACCACUACGUCGUUGUCGUCGUCGUCGUCGUCGUCGCCGCGAGUGGCAAAACCCGUCAUAAAGAUUCCCAGUCCCCCACCAUCUAGGAAGACCUCCUGUACUUCGCUACCAACUAACACACCAGUGGGUCCCAAAGGAGCAUUUGAUCGUAACCCAGUCGAUUCUGUUCAUGCGAGACAUCCUCAAGAGAAGCCUGGCCGAGCCGACCAAGCAUCUAGACAUGAUGCACCCACCAGGUCUCCUACUUACCUGAGCAGCGGACCAUCUACCCCUACUCACCGCAAUGCACCUCCCGCCCCUUCCAUGUUACCGGUCGAGUCAAGCCCACACGCAAAUCCCACGCCACGUCCAGACAAUCCUACCAACGACCACACACUCACUACUAUGCAAUCACUUCGCAAACUCCGGGACAGGCGACUAGCUAUAGCGGCACAGGUCAGCCCAAGUGAACUGUCCGCCUCAUCAGCCACUCAAGUAGAGGUCAAACUCGAAGCUCAGCAACUGGAAAUUAAUCAACUGAGAAAAGGCCGAGAUGAACUCAACAGCAGAUUAAAGAGUGUCGAGGCUGUAUUCCAAAACUCCAACCGUUCAACAAACUUGUCAGCUCAAGAAGAGUAUUCUUUAAAGGCUCUGCAACCCAUACUCACCCGCUUAGAUGUGCUUGAGAAAUCCUUGCUAGUUCCCAAUGACAAAACUUCCCAGAAAGAAAAGGAUGCACUUGUGACUGUGGAGAAUCGACUGGCUGCAGUAGAAGUUACAUUAUCCGGUCUUCAAGAACGUCUAGAACAGAUAAACCCCCCUUGGAACCAAAUCAAUGCAAGUCUGGCUGAGGCAGCAAAUAACGCUGUAACCAAGAUAUUUGCUUCAGAAAGGGAAAUACCCACGUUCAUCAACGAUAGGAUGAAGAAGCUAGUGGCGGAUAAAGUUAGCGAGAAUGCUGCGGACAUCAAGACUUCAAUACGUCGAGAAAUGACCGAGAUGGAAGCACAGCUGAGCAAACGUAUCAUAGAUGAGCACCAAUUACUUCAGAAUACUUUGGAUAGGCUCAAGGAUAUGAAUGAUUUGCCAACGACAGUAAGAAGCAUUGCUCAGCAACUACUUGGCAUCCGCAACACUAUCUCUGAGAUCCAGUCAAUCUCUGACGUGACACGGUACAAAGUCAAAGAUAUUGAACAAGACAUUCAGGUAUUCCAGCAUCAUCCAAGGAUCAUCGAGGAUCUGAAAACAGAGCUGGACAAGUGUGCACGCUUUUGUAAAGAGCUAGCGAGAAGGGAUCUGCCACGUCUUGAAGACUCAGAGGAAAACACAAGCCGGCGCCUGAAGAAGCUUGAGGAAACCAUACUCGAUCAUGCUAGACCUGACGACACCGACGGAACAACUUUGUCAUGGUCAACGAAGCAGCACACAGCCAUCAGACCAGUCGACGUUAGCAACCUUGCUACACGUAUAGAUGAUCUUGAGAGAGCAUCACCAGGCAUCUCUUCUUCCAGCGUAAACUCUCUUACACAAAACGUAGAGCAGCUCUCUAAAGAUUUUCUGAGCUUUCAAAUUGCCCAGAAAGAGUCGAGAAGCCUAGAGACAAAACUGGCGGACGUUAAUAACCGGCUCGAAAGUGUUGAGCAAGUCUCACAGGGAUUCGAGGCUCUCAAAGAGCAUAUUGUGCUAGACGAAUCUUUUAAGGCUAGUCUUGCUGGACUGGACCAACGCGUUUCGGAAAAACUUGGUCUUGUACGGACAGAACUAGAUGCUAAGCUUGCCGACAUUCAGCUACUUCAGUCUAGCACUUUGUCAGAAACUGUGCCUGCAAAAGCGGAGAAUGACUAUUUGUCUGUCAUGGCCAUCACGAGAGCCCUCGAAGAUCAGGUCAAAGCCCUACAGACUGAAGUCGACUCACUCUCUGACGAUUUCAAUGAAACCGGUCAAAAGCUCCACGAGCACUCUACUGCUAUUGCUGUUGUGAAGAAUCAAGUCCCUGAACUCUUCCGGCAGCAGUUCGACCCGUUCAAGUCUAAGGUUGAAGCGCACCUCGGGACUGUCAAUGGCAAAUUAGGCGCACAUGCCAAUGACAUUGACAGUUUGAAGAACGUCAUGUCUUUACUCCAGACAAAGACAUUGUCAAACACCCAAGCGCUGGCAACAAAAGCGGACGCAGAUGCCGUGGGAACACGGACGGACAGCAUUAUGUUUGCAUUGAAAGACCUCGAGCACCGAUACCAAAACAUUAGCACCGACGAAAUGUACCAGAAAAUGGUACAUUGGUUUGUGCAGAUGUAUCCAGCAAGUGCAACUUUGCUGAGAGACACAGUACAACUUCAACAAGAUGCCAACCAGCUCAAAACUUACUGCAACGACAUCUCAUGGGUUCGGAAACGCUCCGAAGGUUUAGCCGAUCUAUGCCAGAAUGCUGGGCAACUACAGAUCCUUGCAAAAAGUGCUCCACAGCUACAGGCCCUCUGUCGACAGCAUUCCCCGCAAGUUCAGGACAGAGUCCAGCAAGCUUUAGCUGAAGUUGAACAGCGUCUUAAAAUUGACAUCAAUGAGCUAAAGAUGAUGAGGAACUCUCUUGAACCUCAGAUGUCUCAAAUCGCCAUGCAGGUUGCUGACAUACAAAUGUCGGCGUACCAGCACCGGCGUGAUUUCGACACGAUCAAGGACACCCUGAUCGAACCUAAUAGAGACUUUUUUGGCCUAUUCGGUACAGCUCUUGCUGUCUUGGCCCAAGUCCAACAGGUUGUCGAAAACUUGAAUAAAAGCUUACCCGGCUCCCCGCUAACGCUGGACUGGGAAUGUUACCUGCCAGCACUUGUUGAACAAUCAAAGACAAACACCAACUCUAGUAUUGGCGCGGAAAGGGGCAAGAGCAACUAGUAGGCUUUUGAAGACUACAAAUGCUUCUUUGCCCAUGAGUACAGCUAUACACACCCUUAUCGGGUCCCAUUGUUGGUUUCAAGUUUUUAAUUGGAGUUCUGGACGGAGUUUUUUUGGGAUUUUCAUCCCUUUAGCAUAUGAUACCCCUAGCCGGAAGGCUUUCUGAGAUCUAUUUUCUGAGACGAAUAUUAUGAACCCACAUUUUCCUUGUCAUCAGUCGGGAGGGGGGGGGGGUUUAUAAUGCGAGAUUAUCAUCUCGGUAACACUCUUUCACAUUAGGUAUAUU